AAAACACAGGGGAAGCUAUUCUAAAUAGCUGUAUUUUGAAACACUAAAUCACUCAAUAAUUUUCCUCAUCUAAAUCACAAAUUAUAGGUUUAUCAUUUGAAUUUUUUGAUUUGCAAAUAUGGGUUUCCAUUUCUUGUUCUUUCUCAUUUGCAUACUAAAUUUUCAUAGUUUCUUGGCAACAUUUUCAAAUGACAUCCCAGAAAGAGGAAAAUUAGAAACAUAUAUUGUUCAUGUUGAGGCACCUGAUACACAAAUCUUCACUCAAUCGCAAGAUCUGAAAAGUUGGUAUAAUUCAUUUUUGCCAACAAUUACAACAUCUUCAAGUGACAAUCCACGCAUGAUCUAUUCAUAUAACAAUGUAAUUAAAGGUUUUGCAGCAAGAUUGUCUCCUGAUGAAGUGAAAGAGAUGAAGAAGAAGCCAGGAUUCAUCUCGGCCUUGCCCCAAAACGUACUUUCUUUACAUACAACUCAUACUCCCAACUUUUUGGGGUUAAACGAAAAUAGGGGUUUCUGGAAAGAUUCAAAUUAUGGUAAAGGUGUGAUCAUCGGAGUUUUAGAUAGCGGAAUAUUCCCGGAUCAUCCCUCGUUUAACGAUUAUGGAAUGCCGGCUCCACCAGCUAAAUGGAAAGGCAAGUGUGAAUUCAAUGAUACAUCAUGCAACAACAAACUCAUCGGAGCAAAGAAUUUUAGUGAAGAAGACAGCACCUCAUUAGACGAGGAUGGUCACGGGACCCACACAGCGAGUACGGCUGCCGGAAAUUUUGUGAAAGGGGCUAAUAUUUUUGGAAAUGCUAAUGGAACUGCAGUUGGGAUAGCCCCACUUGCUCACUUGGCUAUUUACAAAGUAUGUUCCGCUUCAUGUCCUGAGAGUGCCAUAUUGGCAGCAAUGGAUGCUGCCAUUGAUGAUGGAGUAGAUGUUCUUUCCAUUUCUUUAGGCGGACCUUCGAGCGAUUUUUAUUCAGACAGCAUUGCUCUUGGUGCAUUCAGUGCAAUGAGAAAGGGGAUUUUUGUUAGCUGCUCAGCAGGAAACGGUGGUCCAUACAAUUAUUCCAUAUUGAAUGAGGCCCCUUGGAUUCUCACUGUUGGUGCUAGCACUAUUGAUAGAAAGAUCACGGCAACAGCAGUGCUCGGAAAUGACGAAUCAUUUGAUGGAGAAUCAGCUUUUCAGCCGAUGGAUUUUGCAUCAGCAUUCUUGCCUCUUGUUGAUGCCAGGAUGCUGAAUUCGAGUGAUUUCGGAGUGCAAUAUUGCUUACCGGAAUCAUUGAACAAAACAAACAUCAGAGGGAAGAUUGUGGUGUGUGAAGUAGGUGGUGGAAUAAAACGAAUCCUCAAAGGACAAGCUGUUAAAGAUGCCGGAGGCAUUGCCAUGAUUCUCGUGAACAAUGAGCAGUAUGGAAACACAAAAUUUGCCGAAGCUCAUGUAGUUCCAGCAGCACAUAUCAGUUAUGCCGACGGACUGAAAGUCAAAAUUUACAUAAACUCGACAUUAAAUCCUGUGGCUAAGAUUUUGUUGAAAGGAACCUUGAUCGGUGAUGAUCGUGCCCCAGUGGUGGCUGCUUUUUCUUCCCGGGGUCCAAACUUUAAGAGCCCUGGAAUCCCAAAGCCGGAUAUUUUAGGUCCAGGCGUAAACAUUCUUGCAGCCUGGCCUGUCUCCGUGGAAAAAACCACCCAUACAAAAUCUACAUUUAACAUGAUAUCAGGUACCUCAAUGUCUUGCCCUCAUCUCAGUGGUGUUGCGGCUUUGCUCAAAAGCUCGCACCCAAACUGGUCUCCGGCUGCCAUUAAGUCGGCAAUCAUGACUACUGCCGAUGUUGUAAAUCUCGCCAGGAAACCAAUUGAAGAUGAAAACUUCCUUCCUGCCAACGUUUUUGCCACUGGUUCAGGCCAUAUCAACCCAUCACGAGCCAAUGAUCCAGGCCUUGUUUACGACAUCCAACCUGAAGACUACGUACCUUAUUUAUGCGGUUUGAAUUACACAAACAGACAAGUCGGGAUCAUUAUACAGCGCAGGGUGAAUUGCUUGGCAGAAUCAAGCAUACCAGACGCACAGUUAAACUAUCCAGCAUUUGCUAUUACUUUCACAACACUGUCAAAUUCUCAGACAUACUCUAGGACGGUAACAAACGUUGGGGAGUCUAAAUCCUAUUACAAUGUCGAAAUUGUUCACCCACUUGGUGUUGAUGUGCGUGUUGAGCCCACGACACUGAAUUUCUCGAAGCUCAACCAGAAGCUGAUGUAUCGAGUGACAUUCAAGCGAUUGGCUUCUGCAGGAAACAAUACUGUUGUUGAAGGUUUUCUAAAAUGGAAUUCAGACAGGCAUUCUGUGAGAAGUCCUAUAGCAGUUAUACUGUCCUAGACUUAUCUCUAUGAACAGCAGUUGAAUUUCAGAUUUUCAGGUGAUUUUCUAUGUUGAUAAUUGUAUCUCUUCAUUCUAAUUCGUUGUAUUAUCAUGGUAAUAACAUCAAUAUCAAAUAAUCUUAAAUUGUUUU